UUUCCUUUCCCAAUUUCAACAGAUUCCACAGAAACCUAUUCUGCCUCAGUAAGAAACUAGGUUUCUGGUUAGAAGAAAGCGGGACUUGUCCAUUUUCCCACUAACAUGUGUCCUGAACUUAUGUACAGAGUAGAAAAGAGCUGAAACAGUGAUAAUGUAUAUUUAACUUAGUUACUAUAGGAAAUCUAACUUGAAUAUUGUUCACUCAUGGCUCUGUGUAUCUUUGUAGGAUGUUUCUCUUUUCUGAAGGAAGAGCUCAAAAGACAAGGAUCAUCUAUUGUCAAAGUCAUGCCAAAGGUGAGAUAUUUCUUCUUUUAGGAAAUAGCAUUAUAGGAAACAUUCAUUUAGCAAUGUCACCUAAACUGGGCUGGUCUUCAGUCAGGUCCUGGAUUGGGGUGAGGUAUAAGGCACAAUAUUUAAGAACUAUUGGGAUGGUGUGUUCCAAAAUUUUGUGCACUGCCUUACCUAUUCCAAACCCCAUUCUGUUUCUCUAUUUAAGCCUUCUCCCAAGUGCACCUUCCAGUUAUAAGCAGUAUUUACAUAGUUUAUGUGCCAGUCCUGGGACUUGAACUCAUGGCCUGGUCGCUGUCCUUGGGCCUUUUUGCUAAGCUAAUUACUACUGAUGACUCAUAAUUGUGGAAUGUACUCGGUUGGAAAUGUACUCAGUCCAUUUUGAAACCUAACACUUUGAAGGAAGGCAAUCCAGCAUUAUUCCAUAAUGUCACUGCACACAUGCCUAUCUCUUUUCCUUGAUAGAGUUUACAGACUAUUUCCUACUGUGCUUUUUGUUAUUUCCUGAAUUUACUAACUGGUUUUCUUCUCCCCAUAAACUUUUAAAAGCUGAUGCCCUGUAUUCCUACAAAACAAACCUAUUGUGAGUACAAAACCUUAUAUCCUCAACGAGGCCUCAGAGGCCAAAAUGAGAUUUUUUUUCUUCUUUGAGUUGUGACAUUUUCCCACGUAUAUAUUUUUCUCAUUGCAUCUGUAAUGUCCACCGAGUGCAUGUAUUUCCAUGUAUACCUCUCUCCUAGCCUCUAACUUCUCAUGAGCAGAAUCAAGGUUUAACUGAUUUUGAUCCUCCAAAAACCAGGUACAUUAGAACAAAUAGUGUAAUGACAGUUGAUAUGUUUAGCAUGAGUAAUAAGUAAAUACUGAUAAAUACAUUUUUGAGGAUUUUUUAAAAAUAAAGCACAAAGUAAGAAAACAAGUGUGACUUGGUCAGAACGAGGUCUUCAAUAUUUAGUUCUCCCCAUUUCCGAUCACUUCAGGAUGAACUAGAGUAUGCCCUUACAGGGACCAGUGUCAUUCAAGGAUGUCACUGUGGACUUCACCGCGGAGGAGUGGCAGCACCUGGACACUGCUCAGAAAGCCCUCUACAGGGAUGUGAUGUUGGAAAACUAUUGCCACUUCAUUUCUGUGGGGUUUCACAUAACUAAGCCUGAUAUGAUCCGCAAGUUGGAGCAAGAAGGAGAGCUGUGGACAGACAGAAUGUUUCCAAGUCAGAACUAUGGAGAAGAUGGGAAUGCUGAAGAUGUUUUAGUGAAGUUCAAAGAAUAUCAAGACAAGCAUUCUAGAUCUAUUGUAUUUAUUAAUCACAAGAAAUUAAUAAAGGAAAGAAAUAUUUAUGGGAAAAGCCUUUGCCUGAGCAAGAACCACAUUACUUCAAAAGCUCUCUGUGAAUAUAAACCUGAUGGAAAAUUUUUGAAAAACAUUUCAGAGUUUGUUAUUAGACAUCUAAACCCUGUAAGAGAGAAGUUUGGUGAGAGUAGCGGAUGGGAGAAAUCAAUCCUCAGUACUAAACACGAGAAAGUUCAUCGUGCAGUGAAUCUCCACAAACACACAGAGCGGGACCAGGGUGGAAAGCAGGAGAAUGCUCAACAUCCAAAGGUUCAAACUGCAGAGCCACCAUUUGAAUGCAACGAACGUGGUAAAUCCUUCUUCAUGAAAAGAAUGUUGUUUGCACACACAAGAGCUCACCAAGGAGAAAGAACCUCUGAAUACAAUAAAGAUGGAAUUGCCUUCCUGGAAAAGUCAGAUCUCAGCGGCCCUCCGCAUCAUCUUAUGGAAAAGAAGUCCUCUCCAUACAACAAAUUGCUCUGUAGGAAGUCUGGUUUUCUUGUGCCUCAGAGGUCUCAAACAGAAGAGAAGCCCUUUCAAUGUCCUUACUGUGGUAACAGCUUUAGAAGGAAGUCAUACCUCAUUGAACAUCAGCGAAUUCACACAGGCGAGAAACCCUAUGUUUGCAACCAGUGUGGAAAGGCUUUCCGACAAAAGACAGCCCUUACUCUUCAUGAGAAAACCCAUAUAGAGGGGAAACCCUAUCUUUGCAAUGACUGUGGGAAGUCAUUCCGACAGAAGGCAACCCUCACAAGACAUCACAAAACACAUACAGGGGAAAAGGCCUAUGAAUGUAGUCAGUGUGGAAGUGCCUUUAGGAAGAAGUCCUACCUCGUUGAUCACCAGAGAACUCACACUGGGGAGAAACCCUAUCAGUGUAAUGAGUGUGGCAAGGCAUUUAUCCAAAAAACAACUCUCACUGUACAUCGGAGAACACACACUGGGGAGAAACCAUAUAUUUGUAAUGACUGUGGGAAGUCCUUCUGCCAAAAGACAACCCUCACUCUCCAUCAGAGGAUUCACACAGGGGAGAAACCCUAUAUUUGUAAUGAGUGUGGGAAGUCCUUCCGCCAGAAGGCAAUCCUUACAGUUCACCACAGAAUACAUACAGGGGAAAAGUCCAAUGGAUGUACUCAGUGUGGGAAAGCCUUCAGUAGGAAAUCAAACCUUAUUCGACAUCAAAAAACUCACACAGGAGAGAAACCAUAUGAAUGUAAAGAAUGUGGGAAGUUCUUCAGUUGUAAGUCAAACCUCAUUGUCCACCAGAAAACUCACAAGAGAACAGCAACCAAUAUUGAAAGAAAACAUAUGUGCACUCAGUGUGGGAAAUCCUUUUGCAGGAAGUCAGUAUUGAUUCUCCAUCAGGGAACUCACACAGAAGAAAAGCCCUACCGGUGUCAUCAGUGUGGAAAUGCAUUCAGAAGGAAAGCCUACCUCAUUGACCACCAGAGAACUCACACAGGAGAGAAACCCUUUGUCUGUAAUGAUUGUGGUAAAUCCUUUCGCCUAAAGACAGCCCUCACGGAUCAUCAAAGAACACACACAGGGGAGAAGUCGUAUGAAUGUCCACAGUGUAGGAAUGCUUUCAGAUUGAAAUCACACCUUAUCCGUCACCAGAGAACUCACACAGGAGAGAAACCAUAUGAAUGCAAUGACUGUGGGAAGUCCUUCCGCCAAAAAACAACCCUGUCUUUACAUCAGAGGAUUCACACUGGGGAGAAACCUUAUAUCUGUAAAGAAUGUGGUAAGUCCUUUCACCAGAAGGCAAACCUUACUGUACAUCAGAGGAUCCAUACAGGGGAAAAACCCUACAUUUGUAAUGAAUGUGGGAAAGCUUUCUCUCAGAAGACAACUCUUGCUCUUCAUGAGAAGACCCAUAAUGAGGAGAAACCCUAUAUUUGUAGUCAAUGUGGAAAGUCCUUCCGCCAAAAGACAACCCUGGUGGCACAUCAGAGAACACAUACCGGGGAGAAGUCUUACGAAUGUCCUCACUGUGGGAAGGCCUUUAGAAUGAAAUCCUACCUCAUUGAUCACCACCGGACUCACACAGGAGAAAAGCCGUAUGAAUGUAAUGAGUGUGGGAAAUCAUUCAGUCAGAAGACAAAUCUCAAUCUGCACCAGAGAAUUCAUACAGGGGAGAAACCCUAUAUCUGUAAUGAGUGUGGGAAGUCCUUUCGCCAGAAAGCAACCCUCACUGUACAUCAGAAAAUACAUACAGGGCAGAAGUCCUAUGAAUGCUCUCAGUGUGGAAAAGCCUUCAGCAGGAAGUCCUACCUCAUUCAUCAUCAAAGAACUCAUACAGGAGAGAAACCGUAUAAAUGUAAUGAAUGUGGAAAGUGUUUCCGGCAGAAGACAAACCUCAUUGUCCAUCAAAGAACUCACACCGGUGAAAAACCCUAUGUGUGCAGUGAGUGUGCCAAGUCCUUCAGCUAUAAGAGAAACCUCAUUGUCCAUCAGAGAGCUCAUAUGGGGGAAGACAUGGAAUUCAAUGAAUGAUCUUUUGUAUGAAGGUCUAAGAUGGUUGUAAACCUUAAGAUACAUGAUAAAACAUGUUAAUUUAAUCACAUUUCAUACCGUUUAACUAUUUACUGGUUGCUAACAUAAAAUUAAUUGAACUCUAUCACCUGUAAUGCUCGCUUUUUUUUUUUUUUUUUUUUUUUUUUUGCCAGUCCUGGAGUUUGAACUCAGGGUCUGAGCACUGUUCCUGGCUUCUUUUGCUCAAGGAUAGCACUCUAUCACUUGAGCCACAGCACCACUUCUGGCUUUUUCUAUAUAUGUGGUGCUGAGGAAUCAAACCCAGGGCUUCAUAUAUGCGAGGCAAGCACUCUACCACUAGGCCAUAUCCCAGCCCAAUGCUUGCUUUUAAAGUUAAAUGCUCCUA